AUGACGGAACUACUCCAGAAUCCUGAAGCUUUAUCAAAUGCGCGAUUAGAGCUGGAGCAAGCUAUAGACCUUGCACCCAACGAUUCCCUUUUUACUUCCCCGGAAAGCCUCGACAGACGUGGAAAUCAAUGGCUUCAAAGUCCGAAGGAUGCGCAAGUUUUAGUCAAUGCAUGGGCGAUUAGCAGAGACGCAAACACAUGGGAAAAUUCAAACAGUUUUGUCCAGGAAAGAUUUUUGGGGUCGGAUGUUGAUGUUAAAGGCAGAAACUUCGAGCUCAUUCUGUUUGGUGGGGAACGGCGAAUAAGCCCUGGUUUGCCACUGGCAAUCAGAAUACUGCAUUUGAUGUUGGGUUCACUUCUUCACGCCUUUGAUUGGAAGCUUGGAGAUGGUGUUACAAUUGAGAAGAUGGACAGGGAAGACAAGUUUGGCCUCACUUUACAGAAGGCUCAGCCGCUACGAGCUGUCCCUGUUGCGUGCAAAUAG